UAGAAGUUUGAAUGUUGUUGUUAGUGGUGUUCAGUGCGUGGUUUAGUAUAAAGAAUCAUUAAUGACAGCUUAAGUGAUAUUGAAUUAUAGAGUGUUAAUUAAGAAUUUAUGUUAGGAGACCUAAAUAUUUACGUUAAAUCUGAGCUCGAGAUCGGAAAUUGUGAUUUGGACAGUGGACGGCAGCGUUCAAAGAAUAAGAUCCAAAUUUCUUUGACUGAAAGCUACAAGGAUACUUUUUGCAAAACUGCUGACUGUACUUACACGGAGAUCAUUAUACUGGAGCCUGCGUCUUCUGUAAGAGGCUUGAUGCAGUCACUGAGGCUGUGGAUUGCAUCCGCCGCUCGCUUGUAAUUCCGAUGUUCGGAGUGUUCCUGAUCUCCAGUAAUCCUAAUUGACCGCUCGUCGGAUCUUCUCACCUACGUUUCAAGAUUUAAUGUUUCUGCAGUUCAUUCCUCGAUCCAGUUCAACAAUACCACCUACAUGGCAGAAGAAGGAUUCUACCUUCGUUCCUCUUCAUGGAGCGCGUAAAGUGAAGUGGCUGACGUGCCUGUCUGUAGGACUGCCAUGAACCAAUACUACUAUUUUAUCGACAUAUGUAAAGACGCUAUUUAGAAUCUGUGGUGUGCAUCGAACAGUACUAAAGUAUCCCAGGGGAUUCAGAAUAGAAUGAAAUGCCAACAGGUUUUUGCAACAAAACAUUGUUUGUGAAAUAAUGUCUGCAAACCAUUCUCUGGAAAUCUGUGAAGUGCCAACUGAGACCGUAUUCCGUGGUAACGAUGACGUACUCGGACAGGAACAGCUGACAGCCCCGGUACCCGCUCAAGGUGCUGAUGGAGGGGUUCAGUUGUGCUCAUUAUUAGGUACCCCUGUUCCUAAAGAACCUUCCAGAAGCUCAAAUAAUGUGAUAGUUGAACGUUUGCCAAACAUAGUGAGGAAGUUCACUGUCCUCAAACCUUUACCUGAGCGUCAGCCCAUCCCACCACCACGCGAACGUAAUGUAGUGGUCAAGAGCAUAAAACUGACGACUGAGUCUUAUCCUGGCUCUUGGUCUGGGAGCAAAAAACGUGUCAAGGAACUCACCUUAAAGACAGACACAGAAAAUUUGCCGAAACAAAAGGAAGAGCAUCCUGUGAUACAGGAAAGUGAACAGACACAACCUGAUAUUUUUAAGCCUGUGAAGAAGGACACAGAUAUUGAUGGCGGUAAUGAAAAGAAUCUUUCUGCAUUGUCAUUACAUGACAGUCAAGCUAAGAAGGAAUACGUGAAACUUCAGAUACAGAAACGUAAGCAGCAACGGAUUCAAGAGAAGUUUAAAAAACAAGAACAAGAGGAAACAAAACAAAAGAAUCUAAAGGAACUUAAAGAUAAACAGUUAAGACUGUUGCAAAGUAAUAUCAGGAGAGCAAGGCGGAGGCAGCUACAAAUACAGCAGCAUCAGGAGCUGGAAAAUGUAACAACUUCUGAAGGGCAAUGUAACCAAGAGACUAGGGAAGAAAUGAAACCUGACAGGCAACAUAUUAAUACAGUUAUGACUGAAGCUAAAGAAAAUGAUGAUAUAAAUGUUAAAUUGAAAAAUAUGGCAGUAGCAUUACAGAAGGAACUCAAAGAAUUUGGUCAUUGGAAAAAUAAAGAAGAUGAAGAGGAAAUCUUGAGUCACAUGACAAGUUUCACUCUGCGAAGUAAAGUGACAGCUUCUGAAGGCCACUGCUACCAAGAGUCUAGUGAAGAAAUGAAAUCUGACAAUCAGCAUGUUGAUACAGUUAUGGCUGAAGCUGAAGAAAAUUAUAUUAAUAUUAAUUUAAAAAAUAUGGGAGCAACUCUGCAGAAGGAACUCAAGGAAUUUGGUCAUUUGAAAAAUAAAGAAUAUAAGGUGGAAACUCCAAGGCACAUGACAGAUGUCACCCUGAGUAGUAAGGACACAAAGAGUUCUCCAGAAUGGCCACCUCCUCGUCUUCGUGGUUUAGUUGGUAAGUUUGAGCAGUUAAAAAGUGCAAGCCCUCAAAAGGAGUGUGAUAAUCAGAUUCCUCUAAAUGCUGAUAAUACAGAAGCAUUGUCUGGUGGUUUGAGUUUGGAACCAGUGGUUCUGUCACUUAUGACGGAAGAUUCAACAUUUCAUCAUCGUAAUUCAUUCCAGCCUUAUUGUCGAGAGAAACAGACCUUGUCUGGAGUGAAGAAGGGUGUUACCAAGACACUGAAAGAAUAUAUUGAAGGAACAAAGAGCAGACAUUUGGCAGCUACAAAAAUUCAAGCUGCUUUUCGUGGUUUUCUAGUACGAAAAAUGUUGAAGAUGGAUAACAAAAUACAACUGAAAAAUAAUGAUUAUGUAAAUAUUGAAACUGUUGAUGAUUUCCUAACUAAAUAUCAUCCUGUAAGGACAGAUGAAGUCAAAAAAAUUGGAUCUACAUCUGCAAAACAUAAACAGUUCAGAAGCUCUGACCCUCAGCAAGUUGAUAUACUAGUGAAGAAAGAGGUGGCCAAAAUAUUGAAGGAUAUGCAUUUGAAGAUUUCUGUUGAUUCUAAGAGUAAAUUGGAGUCUCCAACAGACAUUCAGCCUAAGGUGCCAAUUACAAUAAAGGACCAUGUUAAACCAAAAAAGAAUGAUGUAAAGAAACUUGAUGUAAUGGUGAAAAAGGAGGUGACUAAAACUUUGAAGGAAUUUAUGGAGACUGGAAAGAAGCGAGAAUUUGCAGCCACAAAGAUACAAGCUGCCUUUCGAGGUUACCAAGCACGGAAGUUUCAUAACAUGAAGACAAAAAUGACCAAUAAAGCCUCUAGAACAAAGGCUGAAGACACAGUGCCAUUAAAUGGAAUGGCUAUCAGUGUCACAAGAGAUACAAAAUCACAAGAUGGUGACAGAUAUUUGAAGGCAGCUGAGUUCCCUCCUUCCUCUCUAACAGUUGAUGACCCAUUAUCAGAGUGGUUGAAACCAUCGUAUGUUGAACCGUGUCCUUAUAACAUGAUGACUGCAAUUCAGAAUACCAUUUUCUCAAAAUCUGGACCAAGGCAGCCAUACUGGGUGCAAGCAAAUCAUGAACAUAUAAAAGAACAAUCAGAAACACAACAAACAAAUAUGACCCUUGAGUUAGGGCUGGCACUGCCAGUUAUAGAUGCUUCAAAGGAGAAGACUAAGAAGCAGCUGACAGACCCUCAACUUAUCCACAAAGAGGAUGACUCAUACCUUACCACUGAUGAUGAGAGCAUGCGGUAUGAAGAUGGCUUGUCAGUGAACUCCUCAGCCCUCGAGGCUGAGCACCACUCUAGCUCAGAUGAGAGUAGAGUGAGAUGGAAGAAACGUCUGAAUGUUAAGUCACCCCAGGAAGUUUUGCCUAGUAGAGUUGAGCCAGUGCACUGGAGUAAAUCAGACUCAGAAAUUAUUAUUAGACCUUCCUUUUCUAUGAAGAACUGUGAAAAAAUUAACAUGGGAAGAAACAUGAGAUCUUUUUCUUCUGCUGGGAGACCAGCAGUUAUGCCAAAGAAAUUCAAAUAUAGACAUUAUGGAUUGAUUGCACCUAAUGUGGAAUUAAGGCGUAAGAAUGAAAGAAUUGCAGCAAUACCAGCCAACUCUUCUUGCCAGGCAGAGAACUCUGGCUCAGACACAUGGGAUAGUCAUACUGUUCAGCGGCAACAUGUAGAUCAGGUUCCUUCCUCUACUGGCAUUGUACAUAAAGCCUACAGGAAGGGAAAUAAUUCUUUUAGAGAUAUCAGUGUCUUCAGACACACAGACAAAAGGCAAGAUGAUGGAAUCAUCCAUAAUGAGCAACUGUAUACAAAUUCAGGGAACAAGCAGAAGGAGAACAUAAAGGAUUUUCAGAAUAAAAUGAGAUCUGAUGUUAAGGAUCAAGAUGAAGAAAAGAUUGAUCCUCAUCUUGGCAAGCCCUCAAGGCCGGAUGUCACUCAUGCUAGAGGUAUAGCUGAUAUCAUAGAAACUGGAAGAAUGCUUCAUCCAUCUGCUCUCCACCUGCAGUUCCAAGCAGAAAUGAAUCGGCUAGAUUCUGUGGAGGAAUCCAGGCAACGUCUGACAGAAAUUGAAGCUAUUAUUGCCCAGAAUAUGCAGACUAAGCAAGAAAGUGAGAGAAAGCAACAGGCACACUGCAGCGUGAAAACAUCUACGGAAGGAAAACAAGUGCAAGCAAAAUCCACCAUUCAGAUUCCCAAAUCCGAUGUUCAGACACAAGUACCUGACAGAGGUCAUCAGUUGGUGCAGUUAAUGCCAAAAGAUCAGGACCAAGUGGAAGGUACAGACAUUCAUGACCCUGCCAACCAAGUUCCUAUUGCAAGCACAUCAAAUGACAUUUUAAAAACUGUGCCUUCACAUGUUGUAGUUGAACAGUUGUUACAGGAAGCUGAAUAUACCGGAAGAAUUGUUACUCUGAAGAAUAAUGUAACGGAUGAAGCACUGGUUGGAAGAAGAGAGCAUCUGAUGAAAGAAUUAAAUGUAAAAUAUGAAAAAUGUGAUAUUAAACAUAAAGAAAUCGUGAAAAGAAUUGAAAGAGAGGAUAAUGGACAGUUAAAUAGGAUAUUACAGAGAAAGUUUACUCCAACCUCAAGUCAGUCCAUUGAGAGUGUGCCUACACCUCAGAUUAAUGAGCCAACCACCCAAAUCAAGGAUAUCAGUUCAGUACUAGCAACAGACUAUAAGCGAUUGAACCACCAUGCUGAAGUCGUUGUAGAACAAGACAGCAAUGCAUCAGAAUCUUUGCUACGGGCCCAGCAAAAGUUUGUAAAUGUAAACUACAAGCGUGGCUCAGAAAUUCCAGUAGAGGUCCUCGCAAGUAUUGGGAAGGAGGUAGCAGACUUGGAGAGAACAGUAGAUGAUAACAUAGGGGAUAUCACUCCUGAACAGUCCUUCCAGACUAUAAGUGAGGGAAUUUCAGAAGAAGAUGUUUCAGUAGUGAAAACGAGGAAUAAGGAAGUACACGAUUUAAGUUUCUCACGGACAUCAAGUUUUUCAGAAGUGUUCAUUAAUGAGGUUGAUCACAUUGAAAAAAUCUCAAGAAUCAGGGAAUCAUUACAUAAGAUUGAUAGAUUAAUCCAUGAAGAAAAAGAAUCUGCUCAGAAGCAUGUUGAUUUACUGAAUGAAAAGUUCAAACUUCUCAAAGAAAAGACUAGAGCAGAUAUGAAAUUACUACUGGUAGAAAUACGUGAACACAGGAAAAAGGGCAAAGAACACCUUGUUCCUGCAUUGAAAAAGAAGCAGUUGUCAUUAUUACAUAACCUUGAACAAGCUAGGCAAGAGAGUAGAAGCGAGUAUGACAAGCUGCUGAAAGCAACAGUCAGAAGAAAAUUGGCCCUUAGACAGCAGAAGACUUUAAUAAAAUCCUACCUGAAAUCUGUCCAGCUAAGAGGAAGAAACUUUCAAGAGGACCAUGGAAGUACUAGUGAAUUGAAUGGUGAGAAUCAUAAAAUGUCAAGUGCCAGUGCUAUAAGAGACGUGUCAAUGCCAUCACUUGAGGAAGAGGUGUUAGAAAUGGUUCCUAAAUCAGAAUCUUUGGAAUUUUCUGUGGCAACACUGCCAUACAUAGCAGCUGCAGUGGAUCAUGUGAUUUCUUCUGAUGACACUAAUAUAAUAGCCACUGAUACAUCACCAAAACAAGUAUACUCAGAAAACUCUGAAGAGAAAUUUAAUGCCUUUGAGAAAGCAACAGACUCUCUUCCACAGACAGAAGCUGGGACUGAACUAAGUGAUUUAGAGAACCGGGUUAGAAGUCUUCGUGAACAACUUCAUAAGAAGAAGACUGAGGCAGAAAAACUUUGGAAGGAGCAGCAGAAGAAAAAGAAGGAACAACUGAGAAUGAAGGAGCAGUCACUCUUGAAGCAGAUUAAAGCUUAUGAUGCAUACAUUGAUGAAAUUAAGAAAGAGCUUGAAGACAAAAUAGAGUAUUCAGCUGAUAUAUCUCUCCCUACUGAGAAAUUGGACAUUCAUGGCUGUAAUGAACAUGAUUCAGGUUCAGUUGGUGAUUCAACUGUUCUAUCAUCAAGGAAGAAAUUUUUCAACCAAAAACAGGACAAACAUGAAGAAAACUCAGGCAAUUCUGAGCUGAACUCAGGAAGUGGUUCUCUGCCCCUAUCCACCAGUGCAUUGAAGAAUCAAGGACAUAAAAUCUUAAGUGAUGAUACAAAUGCAAGCUUACAGCUCAAAGAAACUUCACAAGUGUUAACAGAUGAGAGUCAAAUUGAAAAUUCAAAGGCAGGAACUGUUUCAUGUAGUUCUAUAAGUAGUUUGGUGAAAGAGAGUUCCCUGGAAGAUGAGAAAGGGCUGGAAGAAAUAUCAGAAGAAUUAGAACAAUCUGAAAUAGUGUCUGUGUUAGAAGAAGACAUCCAAGAGGAGGAGGAGAGAUAUUCAGAAUUAAAUUCCAUAGUUCACAACCAGAAUUCAGGAACAACCAUUAAUGAAUUACUUUAUGAGAAGCCUGAAGCAGAAGCUGUUAUCCAGGAACUCAUAGUUUCAAAACAACAGUUAUCAGUUCAGGAAAUUGAAUCUGCAGAGGAAGUGGAAUCAAUUCCAGAAGAAGUAACUGAGCAUAUAACAGAAGUAGAGGAGCAUAGAGACCAAAGUGAAACUUUUAAGCAGGACUUGCAGGAUGCUAGGCACCAGUCAGAUUCCCUCCUUGACCACAGUGAAGAAGGAGCUUUUAUUUCUAAUGUUGUUGGCUCACUGAAAAACUCUGUGGAGUCUGGUACCUACAGUGUACUUCAAUGUGAAGAAAGUGGUGAUGUUAAAAAAGAUAUUCUGCAAGUAGAAGAAGAAAUAGAAAACAUUCCUGAAACAGAUGGAGGAAUUUCACAUUCUGAAGAAAACAUUCUGAAAGUAGAGGAAUCUGAUAGCCUAAAUGUUGUUUCAGCAUUUGCUGAAAUUUUGUUUCAGAAAGGGUUUCCGGAGACUGAAAGUAACUGUGAUGACAAUAAAGUGAAAGAAAAAGCUGAUGAAAAAAUGUCUGAAAAGGUAGAAAAAAUUACUGCUGCAAUUUUUCAGAAACUUAUAGAUGAGUCUUUGAAGACUCUUUGUAAAAAGAAUACAAAGUAUAAUAACUAUAUCUUGGAACAGUUUCACAGAAAUGAAGGUCAGAGUCUGAGGAUAGAAGAAAUGGGAAAAGAUGCAGGUUUGAUCGAUCAGACUGCGAUUAAGAAUUGUGAGAAUUAUAAAUUUAUGACUACAGGCAAGUUAAAUAAACAAAAUGAAGAUAAGAAUGUCGACAGAGUUGACAAUAUUACCAAUGCAAUCCUUGAACAACUUCUCAUAGAAUCUUCAGCCUUUAUUUAUUCUAAAACAUCUAAAAUAGAUGGUCGUGGAAACAUACAUGAAGACUCAGCAAGUGCAUGUGAAGAAGAGGCAAGCAUUAGAGAUGAUGCAAUUGCAGGACCUCGAGACAGAAGUGGCAUAAACAUUAGGAAACGGGUCAAUGAAAUACUCGCAGAAACAUCAGGCUGUCUGUCAACCCCGAAGGAGAAAACAAGGCCUCAGGAUUUCAUGAUUACCACCUAUGAUGUCUUGUCACCAGAGGAAACACCCCUGCCAGGUAAACAUACCAUGUGUUCAAUAUACUGUUGA